UGCUGUUCUAGUACCAAAGGUCUCUCCAGGGAUUGAGGACACCUCGCUGUCUUUGUGCAUGAUCAGUUUUAUAGCUGAGCUGUCAGCAGCGCUGCCUGUGUUUCUGUGUGAAGUGAUAGGGGGACGAAGGUUCAUUUCUUAUCAGUUUCUGUAGGAUUGUGAAACUGUGACCUGACUGCACCAGAAUCCGGAUACUCCAACCAUUGCAGCAUGGACUGUCCACCACUACGGAGGUAACAAUGCUGUGUGCAGCCCUCCAGAGAAUGAGCUGCUCCAAGGUCCUUCGCUUGCUCUUCCCAUUGACCAUGAUUUUCCUGUUUCUCUACUUGAGCUCCAUAAAGCUUCCAGAUCCUGCCCUCCACGAGUGCAUGAAAGACGGAAAACCGUGCAAGCAAGUGGAGAAUAACAUCAUCCCAAAACACUUACAUACAGUGGGCGCUGAGUCUCUGAAGGGAGAUGACAUGUCCCUCCAAGUGUUUGAGAAUGCCAUGAAAAAUUGCAAAGGAAAAAAAUUUGAAAUAGGAAAAAUGAUAGAGUCAUUUCAUGCCUGUCUGACCAACGACCAAGAGGUAUUACUGGAACAUUACUUAGAAGCAUGGAGGGAGCUGAUAAAGUUCAUGGACUCUAUGGGGACUGUCUUCACCUUCAUAUCUCAUGAAACAAUUACCAAAAUCAAUAUUCUUCAAAAUUAUCUUAACGGGGAAAACGGGAGAAGUUACCGGACCAUCAGGUCCAUGAUAAAAUAUGAGAUGGAGAACAACAUUGUAAACUUUAAAGAACUUCCUCCCGACAAGGUCCCUUCUGGUUGUCGGACGUUAUUACGUAUGCACCGAGCAUUGAAGUGGCUGGAGGUUUUCCUCUACAAUGUCGGCACCAAUCCUCGUCACGAAGAGACCUCAGAAAUGUGUGCUGAGGCCUAUCACAAGACCUUGGCUCAUCAUCACAGCUGGUUUAUCCGACAGGUGGCGGAAGUGGCCUUUUUGGCUCUUCCUCCUUUAGAGGAGAUGUACAAAGUGGUCUGUGUGAGGGACCAUCUGGAAGCUAAAGUUGUCCUCCUGACCACUGUAGAUGCCAUUGUGAAGGUGUACAACCUUACUCAAGAACUAUAUACAGAAAACAAAAUGCUAGACCUACCUUGACUUGUGUUGACUUUUGAGAAGAAAUGGGUCAAUUGUCCAACUCUCCUUAGGAAUCAUGAAGAAGUUUCUGCUGCUGAUGGUAGAACAUGUUCCAGACAUUUAUUUGGCUUUGCACAAUGUGCAUCUGCUGAAGAACGUCAAGAUGUGGCCCGACUACGUCAAAUACUGUAUAAGAUGGUGAAUGAUUUUCCUUCUGUGGACAUUGAGGAAGUAAUGAUUUACUAUGAUAUAAAUGUCCAAUCAGUGAUAAGUAAAUACAGUACAGUUACUUCCAGUGA